AUGGGCUCCUCGCACUCAGUACUCAGAGUAGUGACCAUCUCACAAACUUUUCUCUCAAAGCUAUCGCAAUCCCGUAUCUUGGCAAAGCUGCCACUCUCCGAUCCGCUCAAACCGACAGCAUGCAAGAAGACCCAACCGUCCGCUGCCGCCGACGGUGGCGACGAUCCCAGCUACUUCUCACCCUGUCGCGACGGCAUCGUCGAGAGACAGAACCUGUUCCUCUUCACGGACGACGCCUGGGCGCCCGGCAGCGAGCUGACUGUGUCGUUUAUCGAGCCCGUGCCUCGCAACGACAACUUUGAUGUCAGGGAACUCGUCGAGUGGUGCGCCGCAGAGUGGACCAAGGGCAUUGACCUGUAUCUCGUCUUCCUCGACGAGGGCGACCCGGACUGCGGCGUCGCCAACGUGCGCAUCAGCUUCCAGGCAGGAUCCUCCCACUCUGACGUCGGCGCACAGGGGACUGCCCCCGGGCAGGCCACGAUGAACCUGGCGAUCACCGAGAGCCAUCACAGACUGGACGCGCGGCGCAUGAUCCUGCACGAGUUCGGGCACGCGCUCGGGUUCAGGCACGAGCACAGCUCGCCCAAUUUUCCUUACCGCCUCGACAAGGACAAGGUCGUCGGCGAUCUGGCCAAGUGGCAGCGCAAGGGCACCGAGGAAGCCGCGAGGGACUUUGAGAUCAACUUCGGGCCGGACAAGACGGGCAGGAGGGUUCAGGCGUCAGAGUUUGACCCAAAGUCCAUCAUGAUGUACCACAUCCGGGCCCACUGGCACACCGGCCAGGUCGACCUCCAGCAGAGCUUCGGCCUUUCGCCCACGGACAAGAAAUUUGCCGAGCAGGUCUACGGGCCUGCGCCGCCCGAGAGCGAUUUGCAUCGCUAA